CCCGACUUCGAUACUAGAGUGGAUUCUGAAAUGGCUGUUUUGACUGGGUUGACACCGGGGAGCAAGUAUACGGUGCAAGUGUUCGCUGUGGCUGAAGACAACGUUACGCAAGGCAGUGGAGCGUCUCUUACAGUGUUCACAAAGCCUGAAACGAUCCUGAAUCUGACAGCUGAGGAUAUUACAACCACCUCCAUCACACUGACGUGGAGUUCAGCCCUCAGCGGCGUGGUUCAUUAUAAGGUGAAAAUUCCUGGAACUACCCUCCCUGAUUUGACAGUGUAUUCGGAGACCGCCACCAUAAGUCAGCUGAUACCUGGCCGGAACUACACGGUGGAAGUAUCUGCUGUGGAUGGAGACAACUUCACUGAAGGCGAUGCUGCCUCUCUCACGGUUUCCACAGUGCCCGGAAACAUUUUAGGUUUGACUGCUGAAAACAUCACGACAAAGUCCUUCAGCCUAACGUGGAACCUGACAGAAGGCGUCGCAGUCGGGUACAAUGUUCAAGUCACAGGAGUGCCCGACUUCGAUACUAGAGUGGAUUCUGAAAUGGCUGUUUUAACUGGGCUGACACCGGGGAGCAUGUAUACGGUGCAAGUGUUCGCUGUGGCUGAAGACAACGUUACGCAAGGCAGUGGAGCGUCUCUUACAGUGUUCACAAAGCCUGAAACGAUCCUGAAUCUGACAGCUGAGGAUAUUACAACCACCUCCAUCACACUGACGUGGAGUUCAGCCCUCAGCGGCGUGGUUCAUUAUAAGGUGAAAAUUCCUGGAACUACCCUCCCUGAUUUGACAGUGUAUUCGGAGACCGCCACCAUAAGUCAGCUGAUACCUGGCCGGAACUACACGGUGGAAGUAUCUGCUGUGGAUGGAGACAACUUCACUGAAGGCGAUGCUGCCUCUCUCACGGUUUCCACAGUGCCCGGAAACAUUUUAGGUUUGACUGCUGAAAACAUCACGACAAAGUCCUUCAGCCUAACGUGGAACCUGACAGAAGGCGUCGCAGUCGGGUACAAUGUUCAAGUCACAGGAGUGCCCGACUUCGAUACAAGAGUGGAUUCUGAAAUGGCUGUUUUAACUGGGCUGACACCGGGGAGCAUGUAUACGGUGCAAGUGUUCGCUGUGGCUGAAGACAACGUUACGCAAGGCAGUGGAGCGUCUCUUACAGUGUUCACAAAGCCUGAAACGAUCCUGAAUCUGACAGCUGAGGAUAUUACAACCACCUCCAUCACACUGACGUGGAGUUCAGCCCUCAGCGGCGUGGUUCAUUAUAAGGUGAAAAUUCCUGGAACUACCCUCCCUGAUUUGACAGUGUAUUCGGAGACCGCCACCAUAAGUCAGCUGAUACCUGGCGGAACUACACGGUGGAAGUAUCUGCUGUGGAUGGAGACAACUUCACUGAAGGCGAUGCUGCCUCUCUCACGGUUUCCACAGGAGAAGUCCGCAAAAGCGGCGCUCAGUCUCGUUGCCCCGUUUGACGAUCGGUCACCCCAGGGUCGUCGGAAUCUACCGGUACCCUGA